AUGCAAGUACUCGUAUCUAAUUUUCGUAAAAAAAAUACGGAAUUUCGUAAGGAAAAACCUUCUUGUCCGAGUUCGUUGUUUCACAGUUGGGAAGUUUUCUUACAAGAAGUUGAAAUGGAUUCUAAAAAUCAUUCGGAAAUUGCCAGCAUCCUUGCCAGACAGAUAUCGAGGCCGUUAUUAGAAAAAUCAUUUUUUAGAAAAAUUCAAUCUCGAAAAGUAUUUUCGCACAGGGACACGUAUGAAAAUUAUGUUAAACAAGCAGAAGAUAAAUUAGGUAAAACAAGAAUCGAAUAUAAGACGGCUUAUUUAGCUUAUAUGAAUAAUCCAUCGACUCAAACUUUGUCAAAUUAUGUUGCCUCACACAACGAAUACGUAAGCCAACUACAUUUUACCAACGGUAUGCUCAACCAAUAUCAUUCCGAAACUCUACCUUCAAUAUUACAGGAAGUCGAAAAUAUUUACAACGAUUUAUGUGCAAAAGUAUCUGAUUCUAUUUUACAAGUUGCCGAAACAAUAUCAUCAAGGGCACAGGAACAAGCUAAAAGGUACGACGGUUUAACAUCACAAUGUAAAUUAGUACAAGGUUCAUCGGAUUUAAUGCAUUUGGUUCGAUCAACUACGACACCAUCAAAUCAUCCUCCCGUUCGACGCCAUUUUGCUCCACCUCAGCCUCCUCCUCCUCCAUCUCAAACAGAUGGUGGUCAAAUGCAAGAAUCUAGUUCAUCAACUAAUCUUCCUCCAUCUUUGAAAAAUGAAAUAAUUUUAGAUAGGUUGACGACUUCGCAGGUACGAGAAAAACACGAUUCGGCUAAAAAAGAACAUUUGGAUUUGGAAUCCCAAGCAAAACAAUUAUCGGAUGCUUUGCUUACAUUAACCAGAGUUCAACAGAGGAGCAUUGAUAGCAACCUUUUUAACAAGGUCAACGAACUACAGGAAGAUAUAAGCGUCAAACAACAAGAGUUAAACAUGGUACUCAUUCGGUUGGCUGGAGUUAAAGCUCAGAAAGAGCUUUUCAGCAACAAAAUUGAAACUCCCGAAACGGGUCGUGAGCGUAAAAUGUCAUCUAGUUCAACUGGAAGCAUGAAAUCUAAAUGGAUGAAAGCUUUUAAAAGCUUAAAAACCCCUCCAGCAAAUGGAAAUUCAUCAAAAGAUGCUGAUAAAAAAAACGGUAAAGAUGGCGGCGUUGUUACAUUUUCAUCAGAUCCAUCAGCUCACGCUUUUCAAGAUUAUACGUACAAGAAAAUAACUCCUUGUGAUGUUUGUUCUCAGGUAUUAAGAGGACACACGAGGCAGGGUCUUAAAUGUAGAGUUUGCAAAUUGAAUGUACAUUUUGAUUGUCAAAAUAAAGCACCGAAAUGUCAGCAAAAAUCAAGAUUGUUGAGACGACAAAAAUCAACAUCGGAAAUUGAUACAAAAUUACAAGAAUCGCAACAACAACAACAACAACAACACGAAGAAGAAACUUCACUCGGUUGGAAAUUAAUUCGCCAGAGAAAAGAACAAAAUUUUUUCAAGGGAGGUUUUCACCUGUUACCGUCAACAAAAGCUGUAGGAAGAAAAUCGCAACCGAACCCAGAUUGCGAAAUGAGCAGCAGCAAAGUUUAUAGGGUCAUAAAACAAGUUUCGGAUAUAAGUUGUAGUACGAAAAAUUCAAACGCUCAAAAAAAUAUUUUUUCUAACGAAUUUCAAUCGAGUUCCGGUCGGGGUAUAUCGACGAAAAAGACAAAAUCCGAAUAUAAAAUUGAGAAAACUUGUAGCUUUGACAAGGGGAUACUACUUGAAAAAAAAUCCGAAUAUAGUUUUACAAAACAGCAAAAAAAUUAUUCGAGAUCCGAAUAUCAAACAACUCCCGAUUUUCAUCCCAAUCUCGAUUUUUACCAACACUCCCCACCUAAAACAUAUAAAAACCGUUUAUCUGAUCCCGGUGUCAUCCAAUUAAAUAACGCUGCAUGUUUGGGACCCUCAGCUGCAAUUGGGAUUGCGACUUCUGGGUCUUCGUGUAUUGAUUCCGGGUCGCAGCCGAGGCGUCACCAAGGCCCGCUGUUGCUUAAAGGAAAUGCAUCACAUUCCAUCGGUCCUGUACCUUUCGCAACAAGUUCAGAUGCAGAAAGAACUCGACCUUUUGGACAACCUUUAUUUUUGGGGGCGGCAUCAGGUUCUUCGUCAUGUUCCCUUCAAGAAAAUGGGGGCGUUUUAUUGAAAACUAGUUUACCUCCGACCCCUCAACCUCAUCCUCGUAAUAAAAAUAAAGCGAAUAAAAAACGAUAG